GGGGGAAGGCUGCGCGUGUGUGGUAGAAGCCCGGGAAAGCCUUCCCCUCGGUCGCCAUGUCAACAGCAUCCAUUCCCCUCUCGGUCGCCAUGGCAACGCCAUCCCAGCUCCCUUGGGACAGCAUUGGACGCUGGGACUUGAACCCGGGUCCCGGGGAGCAGUGACCGGGUCCUCCGGAGGAACUGCCAGGGUCUGGACUCGAACCCGGGUCCUCGGGAGGACAGGUUUCUGAGGUGGAGCCUCUGGGUGGAGCCCAGGGAGGGUGGCUCCGCCCACAAUGGGCGGGGCCUGCCCAACAGCCGUCCAUCAAGGCUAUAGAGCCCAGAGAUGGCUCCGCCCAUAGGGGGCGUGACAACCCCAUCAAAAUGGCCGCUCCCAGCCUCAGGAUCACAGGAGGGAUGGCUCCGCCCCCUCAAAAUGGCGUCUCUCAGCAUCAGGACCACAGGAGGGAUGGCUCCGCCCCCUCAAAAUGGCGUCUCUCAGCAUCAGGACCACAGGAGGGAUGGCUCCGCCUCCUCAAAAUGGCGGCUCUCAGCAUCAGGACCACAGAAGGGAUGGCUCCGCCCCCUCAAAAUGGCGUCUCUCAGCAUCAGGACCACAGGAGGGAUGGCUCCGCCUCCUCAAAAUGGCGGCUCUCAGCAUCAGGACCACAGAAGGGAUGGCUCCGCCCCCUCAAAAUGGCGUCUCUCAGCAUCAGGACCACAGGAGGGAUGGCUCCGCCCACGGGGGCGUGGCCUCUCCAUCAAAAUGGCCGCCCGCAGCCUCAGGACCACAGUAAUGUGCUCGGGCGCCACCUGCUGGCGAAAUUGCUGUGAAGCAAAAGAAGAGAAGAAAAGAGAAGGGAAGAAGAAGGGAAGAGGAAGGGAAGAAGAAGGGAAGAGGAAGGGAAGAGGAAGGAAAGAAGGGAAGAGGAAGGAAGAAGGGAAGAGGAAGGGAAGAGGAAGGAAGAAGAUGGGAAAAAGAAGGGAAGAAGAAGGGAAGAGGAAGGAAGAGGAAGGGAAGAGGAAGGAAAGAAGGGAAGAGGAAGGAAGAGGAAGAAGAAAGGAAGAGGAAGGGAAGAAGAAGGGAAGAAGAAGGAAGAGGAAGAAGAAAGGAAGAGGAAGGGAAGAAGAAGGGAAGAAGAAGGAAGAGGAAGAAGAAAGGAAGAGGAAGGGAAGAAGAAGGGAAGAAGAAGGGAAGAGGAAGGGAAGAAGAAGGGAAGAAGAAGGGAAGAGGAAGGAAGAGGAAGGGAAGAAGAAGGGAAGAGGAAGGGAAGAGGAAGGGAAGAAGAAGGGAAGAGGAGAUAUGAAGCGAAUAAAUUAUUGAAAAUUAAAAAUAAUUAAAUGCGGGAAAGUAGAAGGUAAGAGAGAGAGAGAGAGAAGAGAGAGAGAGAGAGGGAGAGAGAGAGAGAAAGGGAGAGAGAGAGGGAAAAAGAGGGAGAGAGAGAGAGAGAGAGAGAGGAUAGACACCCUCCACCUAGACACCCUCCACCCCCCCCGAGCAGGGCAGUCCCAGGCUGGAGGCCCGGCCCAGCGGCCAUGAGCCCGGGCGGCUCCUCCCGAGGUCCUGGGUUCGAGUCCCGGCGUCCUAUUCGCCGCGGGGAUCUGCGCCCUCUGCGCGCGGAGACGCCGGACAGUGACGGGAGAACGAAUAAACAUGGAAAUAAUUUACAAAGGAGAAGAGGAGACACUGAGGACCACAAAAUCCUUUAUUCCUGCCCUGCUCGGCCUCCGCCGUCCUCCCCAAACCAGAGAGAACCACCAACGGCAGAGGGAGGGGGAUGGCCUUCCCUCUCUCUCUUUUUCCUUCUCUCUCUCUCUCUCCCUCUCUCUCUCCCCCUCUCUCCCUCCCUCUCUCUUUCCUUCUCUCUCUCCCUCCUUCCCUUUCUCCUUCCUCUCUCCCUCCCUCUCUUCAUCUUUCUCUCUCUUCAUAUCUGUUCCUCUCUUUCCCUCCCUCUCCCUCUCCCCCGUGUGUCUCUCCCUCUCUCUCUCCCCCCUUGUGUCUCUCUCCCUCUGUCUUCACCUCCCCUUUCUCCCUCACCCUCUCUUUCUCCUGUUUUCUCUCUCUUCCUGUCUCUCCUUCUCUCUCUAUCCCUCCCUAUCACUCCAUCUCUCUCCCUCCAUCUCUAUCUCUGUUUCUCUCUACUUCUCUUUCCCUGUCUCUGUCCCUCUCUCUCCCCCUCCCCUCUUUCUCUCCCUCUCUCUCUCCAUGUCUAUCUCUCUCUUUCAUUCUCUUCAUCUCUCUCUCCCUCACUCUCCCUGUCUUCCCCUCCCUCCC